AUGCCGAACAUUACCCCAGGAUGUCUCCAUCCAAGUAAUGGCAGACAAGCUAUACACUGGUAUGUUCGUUUUUUACUUCGAAAGUUGCUCUAGUACGCUUUCCAUAUAUUACAACUUGAAGGAGCGACUACGGACUUCUGGCCUACGCUUCUCAUAAUGUUAUAUUGAUAGUGGAUGUUAUCAAAAACCGGAGAAUACAAACAUUAGAUUUUCAAACGACAGCUGUCAAUAUUGUAAGAGGAAUUAUAUUUGAAUCCCUCUAGAAUGAGUAUAUUUUAAGGUUCGAUGGUCUCCUGCACGGUGCUCUUUUCGCGAUCAUGGAGUGUACACCCAACUUCUGGCUUCGGCGGACAUUGCAGGACACAUAAUCGUAGUCGAUCCUUUCACGGCUACCAAGAAGUCGCAGUUUGCGCUUCCUCAUUCCAGUGUCUUACGUGAUUAAUUCAGUUCAGAGAUUUGAAAAUACAUCGUUAGAUGUUUAGAGAUGACUUGGUUCGCGUGGAAAGACAUAUCGCGCGAUUUCAUGCUCGUUCUGCACUCUGGAAACACCCUAAUUUUGUGGAAUUGUGAAACUGGAGAGAAAGUUUGGAGUCACAACUAUUCGGUACCUCUCUUCGACUUUUCCACUGACCCUUUUGCCUCUAGAAACAUUAUUUGUGAGAAAAUGUUCGAUUCAGUAGGAAACUUCUCUUUUCAGUUAGCAGUGUGGAGAGCAAUGUGCUGGUUUGCUCGGAUGUCUCGCUAAGCGAGCCUUCUUCAAGUGGACACUACUUUUCCCUCAGCCAGGACAAUGUCAAGUCGAACAAUACCAACAUCGUUUCGAUAAACUAUCACAAGGCCUACCGUAACACGGUCUUCUGUCUUUCCAAUGUGACAGUGAGUUUUUGAAAAACUGACUUUGAAGAAAAAGCUCAGUCUUGUGUGAAUAUUGAUCCAGUCUUUGAAUUUUGAGUUUGAAGUUGAAAAUUGUUCAGCUUUACAUCCUCAACCCGGAGCUUUUGUGCAUCAUGGCGCGGGUCUGUGUCGAGGGAAACAUAGUCGAAUUGCUUCCCUGUUCUUCUCGAGACGCUCUUUUUGCGGUACAUUCAAACGGCGCCACCACCCUUAGAAUAGGAACAUUUUCUCUAUGCGACGAAAGAGACGACAUUUCAAUCGGAUUAGAAAAAGUUUGAUCUUUUUCGAAAUGAGGAAAAUAAUUUAUAUAUAUCGUCCUCAGAUCUGCCAAACCGAAUGUCUUCGUCAUAGCGCACAGCAAAGGAUAGUGGCAGUGGCUUUAUGUCCCGUGACGCAGUCUUCGUUGGCCGUGCUCUACCAAAAUGGACGUCUGAUUUUCUGGCAACUUGUCAGUUGCAUUCUUGCAGCAAGGAUUCCAAUAUGUUCUGCAGAAGAACGAGCUGACGUCGUUGAAGUACCGGAGCGCGUUCAUCGAAGACCUUCUUCAGUUCGACACUGACCUUAAGACUUCACCUAUCGGCGACCUGAGUCUUCAUCAAGUUGCCCAGAUAGGGUCCUUGGCUUCCAGUGUCACGUGUGUUCGAAUGCGACCGAUGGAUGAGCUAGCCAAGAUCAAAGAAGACCCUUUCGGUUUGCUUUUAUUUUCUAUAUAGUAAUUCAGUUUUUUUUCGAUUUUAUCCGCAUAACAUGCUUGACAAACUUUGAUUAUGUUGCUAAGAAAUCACGGAAAUUUGUUUUCUUUUGGUUUUAUUGAUGUAGAAAAGAUUUGGUUUGUGCAUGAAAAAAAAAUAAUGGGAUAGUUUCCAAAGGUUCCGUACGUACCAUAUCAAUUUCUGCUUCUGAUUUCCUUGCUGAAGAAUAUAAAGAGAAGUUACAGUAAACUUUCUACGCAAAAAAGCUCAACAAAGGUUUUUGAACAAACUGUAUUUAGGUGUUCUUUGGGUGAUUCACGUGAUAUUCAAUGCGAAAAUGUUUUAAAUUUCACGAAGAUCUUAAUUUUCAAUGAAUGCGUUAGAAUAUCAAUAAUCUCGGUAUAUUUUUAUUGCAACUUUUGUUCUUGAGCUCGUGAUAGCAACUGCUUCCUACUUCGUACAUGUAGAAAAAAAUUGGAAAAAAUUACUAAGAAUGAGAAAAUUAUCUCUUUUGUCCGGGUAUAAGUAGUUAUUUGAGCUCUAGCAGAUCUAAGAAGAAGAAAAAAAACAGAUUUUUGUCGCGUUCAUAAAAUAAUUGACGGAAAAAAAAAAUGAACUCUGGCUCCACACUCGCAGACGGUCAUUUAUAAUUUUCCGGAAUCACGUUGAUUUAAGGAGAAUAUCGCGAAAAAUGACAAAAUUGCCUGAAAACGGAAAGAUCAAACUUAUUUUGCCGAACAUCGAAGUGUUUCCUUAACUUAUCCAUCCUGUUCAGCCAACAGCACGCUUGGAACGUCGCACUUGGCCGCCGUUGGAACGAACUCGGGCGUUGUACAUCUUGUCGACGUUUUCUCGGGACAAAUCUUCAAGGAUAUUUCUGCACAAGCGUCUCCAAUCAAGUAACUGCAAAAGUCUGCCUUCUGAAACGCCUUUCUUCCAUUUCUCAAGGUGUCUGGAAUGGGGCGGCGCCUACAGCGUCGUCACGGCCGGCUACAACCAUUCCCUGAGCGCUUCGCAGGUGGUUCGCAACGAUUUGUUCAUCACGGACAUCAGGACGUCGCUGAGCCGCAGGAUCCGACCGGAAAGCGACGAGUCACCCAUUGUCUUCCUGCGCGUCUCUCAUUAUCAGUUGGUUCUUGUUCAGAAAUUCUCAAAGUUGAUCAUCUUUAUAUAAUAACGAGAAAAAUUCUUUUGAAGGAAUGUAUUUUCACUACUUCUUAUAAUUGAAAAGUUAGAAAAAGUUUUGAAUCGGAUUUUUUAAACGUAUUUUCUACUGCACCUAAUCUGCGCUGGAAGAGGAUAUCAGUUCAUUACAUACGCUAAAUAGGUUUGAUACCUUGAAUUGCUAGGCCACAUCUCUAGAUUCUCAAAAGAUUGAACUUUGAAGAAUCCAAAAUGCAACUAUCCCGCGUUUUAAGAGACCAUUAGGUUAACAAGUAACAAUGGCGCGCUGGUAGAUGCAAAAGAUGAACGCGUUUUUUAUUCACACAGGUAACAGAUCUUUUUUGAAUUUUUUUCGAUGUUGAAGUUUGAUUGAACUUUUGCUCUAAUGAAUUUCUUUCGGAUAUGCUAGGUCCAUUCAUGUACAACCUCUGUUCUAGCUGCUAUCUGGCACUGGCAUUCCAAAACGAGCCCCUGGAGAUCUGGGACCUGAAAGGCCUGCGGCUGUUGCGCCGAAUGAGCCGGACGUGUCCUUUGAUCAUCGACAUGGCCUGGUCCAACAAGCAUCACGGCAUCCGCACCACCGAGGCUUCCAAUCAGAGCGUCUACCGGGAAAACCUCGUCCUUCUCGAUUCUGGUCGGUUUUUUCCCCUCGGCUAUAGGCAAAUGACAUUUCAUUUUGUAUUUUCAAAAUUUCUUGUGCGGUUUCCUUACGUUUCGGGUGUAGACUGACAUAAGAGAGAUUAUAAAAUAUUUUGGCAUAUAGGUCUCUUGGAAAUUUUCGCUCUGUUCCAAGUGCAGGAAAAAAUAGUUUGGUUUUUGUUCUUUUUUUUCUAAAGUUUGGUUUUUGUUCUUUUUUUUCUUUUCUUUUCUAAAAAGCAGAGUGUUAUUGAAUGGAUAUUUUUAGAAAGUAUUGUUUCAGAGAACAGGAUAUACCACAUCACUCUACGCGGUCUUCACGUGAGGGAUGGAAAAAUCGUUAACACGCAGGUACUUGUGAAAUAUGUCGAUUAUCCACAGUCAAGUUGAAAAAAUUGUACUCUCAUAAAUUUUUUCCUGGCUUUGAAUAUUGGGAAGAUUGAGUUGGUUUUGAGAAGCUUCUUCCUAGAAGAAAAUUUCAGUAGUUCCUUUUUAGUUUUUAUUCUUCUGACCGUUUUUCUGAAGGAAGACUUACAGUUUCGUUUAAAAAAAAAUUAAAGUUAGUUUCGGAUGAAAGAGAUAAAAAAAAUGGUUCACGAAAAUAAGUGGAACAAAUUGUGGAGUGUAUAUAUUUGAAUUUGAGUGGAAAAGCGCGAGUACUCAAAUUUGCGCCAUGGCUUGGAAAGACGACAUGCUCGCUGUGGGAGACGUCGACGGAUCGCUUGUAGUAAGUUUUUUCGAUCGAAGUUUAGGUUUCUGCUAGUCUUUCUCAAGGGAGAUCCUUGAAUUUUGUAGGUGUGGGACCUGGGAAGACGGCAGUCGAAACAAGUGCGCGACACGCAUUCCCGUGUCCUCCGCAUGUGUUUCUCGCGAUUGGCCGGCGACCACACGAUGGCUGUUCUACAUCCCAGGUUCCGACUUCAACUCUGCUCUGCGAAUUUAGAGAAACUCAGCUAGGGAAUUGCAGCCUCUCUAAUGAUAUAAAAUAUCAGCCACAGAAAGUGGAGUCAGACGUUUAGAUAAGUUAAAAUGACAUAAUUUUAUCUAAAAACUUCAAAGUUUGUCUUGCCCUUUUAUCUGUUCGCUUCAGAGUUGAGGUGUAGAGAUUUGGAAGUUUGAGCUCAACUUUCAAGCUUUUUGUUUAGAGUGAGUUUUUCAAACUCUAUAGCUUCAUGCCUUUUUUCCAAAAGUUCGCAAGUUCUCUGAAAACGCGCCUUUUCUUGAUUAGAUUGGUACCCUGAUCGAAGAUUUUCCUUUAAGAGAGCUGAGUCUUUGGGACACGGAGGCGAUGACGCGAGUGCAGAGCGUCCAGCUGGACGCGAUGCGGUCUUCUGUCGACAUGGACCUCUGCGGACUCUCGCCGUUGGUCCUCACCAGCGACAACCAGCUGCGAUUCCUCGUAUCCAACACCCGCAACUCUGCAAUUGCUGACAAAGGUUCAUCCCUAAAGACUGAAUCUGAGAGUGUAAUCUUUUAUUUUGAACAUGAUUUUUCCAAAUACUUCGUUUUCCACUCUGUUACAGAAACUUCUUUGCUGUGCGCCCGAAAAGCAAUUUUUAGCCGCUUAUAGAUCUCGUUUCUAAGUUAAGCGGAUCUAUAGUCUGUUCAGAUUUUUAAUGUCAAGUGCAAUGAAGUCAUUCAAAAAAACUCUGUGGGUGGCUCGCUCCUCGAUUGGUUUAUCGCACCAUUAGGGGCGGAGUUUGAGCGACGAAUUGACAUUCAAAAUCUUAACAGGCUAUACUCAAACGCCCAAUUCACGCGCCGAGCUCUCGUUUAGGUCCAGAGGAUCACUCGAAACGUCAAAAACACCGGUUGAUCGGCAGUAGCACCCGUAGAGCGCCGGUUUCGCAAAAUCAUGACGUAUUAGCCCAACAGAUGCUACUGUCCAGCCUUAGAGCGGUCCCCAAAUCUCUCAAAAAACUCUUUCUCCCGUUUUCAGUGACUGUGCUAAUGAUUUGGUUUACGUCUUUAAAAAAAUACACAAACGAUCUUCUCAAUAUUCUGAUACGAUUGACGUGAAACCUUUUUAAUUUUCAGAUGUUCCUUUUCUCCACAUCGAGAAUGCGCUCGACAGAAUCAGAACAGCCUGGGAUAGAGGCGAUUCUUCUGGCAUUCCGGAAAUGAACGCAAUCGUUAAACGGAAGGUAUCUGUGAUUUUUUUUGGAUGAGACGCGUUUUGUCAUUUUGAGAAACGUGGCGAGGUUCCCGCAGAGGGGAUCGAUAUGCUGCCACUGCACAACGAGAAGUUGCUGCGGUACUUUGUCGGCGACUUGUACGCGGUCCGUCUCCUUUCCGUCAUCAUCGACCACCUCGCGAGAGAAGACCCCGAUGCGGAUCUUCCUCAUCUUUCGCCCGACUUGCAAAUGUUCUGGGCGAACAAGGCCUUCAAGGUAUCAUUAUCACCUUCAUCUAAUUAAAUCUAUAUAACGGUGAAGAUUUGAAAAAAAAACAUCGAAUGAAAUUCCAUCUGAAUCCAUCUCCAAAACUUGAAGAGUCAAAGUCAAUUUUCUGUGCUUUGAUAUCUGCUUGAUUCAAGAGUUGCAGCAGAGAGAGAGAAUCAUAAUCCAAUCAAGAACUGUAUAAAUGAAUGAUUUGGCGCACAGGAACGCGAGACUCGGGUAGUCGGCGUAGCGUGCAACUCCUCGAAUGCCAUUGAGAGUCGUUUGGUAGAACAGGCGGUCGUCGUGGGCGGCAAAGCCAAGGUCAGUUUAUUCACGGAAGAUCAGAAGAUUUUCAGCAAUUCUGGAACAUCCCCACAGAUAUUUGUAGGAGCGAGUUGUGGACAGAUUGAUCGUGUCUUCGGAUUUCCGAUACGCCAGCAUCAAAGCGGCGUUGCUUGUUUCCAGUCAAGAGAGCGAAAAGGUUUCUUUUUCCAUUUGAACUCUAACGAAAAUGAAGGUGUAACCCGCAGUGAAUUCUGAAAAAAAAAUGAACUUUCGGUCGCCGAUCGAUAAAAGUCUUCUUUGAGCUACCGUAAAAACUUGAUAUAAAAUUGUAAAAAUUGGUUAUAUUGGGUAACAAACCACUUUGAAGUCGUGUACGGAAUAAGUACAUUAAUAGGCAUUUAAAGCUAAACGGGCUACCCUGCUGGCUAAACUGCGGGGUGCACACAAAGUUCGAUGUGGGGUGUACCGCAACUUUUGUUAGAGUGGCGCUCUAAAAAUUUUAAAUGUCAUUUAUCCGAUUGGUUUAUUUUUAGGCGAAAUCUCUGAUCAAACUCAUUGCUACAAAUCUCAUCGCGUCUGACAUGAUUGAAGGUGAACAUUUUCUAUUUUUUUCAAUUGAGAGAGAACACCCAAAUAAAAGAAAAGUUGAAUUAUUACUGUAGCUCUCGAAUAAACUCAAAGAUUUUCUCAUAAGUUAAGAAGUUGUGCAGGUUAAGGCUCUUAGAACCUGUUUCUGGUACAUCGAGAAACAUUCUGGUCAAUUUUUAGAAACUAAAGUGACUUUCCUUGUGAAAUAUGGAGUAAUGGAAGAGUUUUUCGUCCGUUCGGGAAACUCGUUGAUCAAUAAUAGCGCCUAGAUCACCUAGAAGAAGUCGAGUCUUAAGAGUCAUCACUGCUUCUUCAUGUAAAGGAUCUAUAGUUCAGAACGGUACUGUUCUUUUUCUUAGUUAUUUGAUUUAUAAGUUGGUUACUUUUCUUUUUGAGAGAUUCCCUACGCUCUUAUGAUCAAGUUUUUUAAAUAGUUUUGACCUCAACAUAUUUGGAAAAUGAUUCCAGAUGGAGUCGAAUUGUUGUUCUUGGUGGGGGCAGGAAGCGACGCCUGCAAAUAUCUUCAGUCCCAGAAGCUCUGGACCAAAAGCGUCGUUUAUGCAAAGGUUUUCAUGAACGUCUUUUCUACCUUUUUCAAUAAGUUUCAAGCUUCUAGAAAAUGAGAAUUUUUUGUUUAAGAUGGGUCUGGACGAUCCGACGGAUGUUGUCGCUAAAUGGAUCGGUCAUUUGUCUGAGGACUCCAAGGUUUGUUGAAUAUUCGGAAAGAAUGUUAUAAGGAAAGAUAUCAGAUUAAAUCUGAACCUGAUCAUAAGGUUAAGAAUAAGAAACUCAAAGAGUGAAAAUAUGGGUUAAAAUUCGAAGAUUCAUAUGAAUUCAAUCAUUGCUGGAAAGAAUAUAAUGGAUUUUUGUUGUAUUCUGACUUGCUGAGCCAGUUUCAAAUUGCAAUUGGACCAACAAAUUUUUUUCUUAAUUUUGAAAAAAGGGGAGAACGUAUUUUUGCAUUGCUUUGUAUCAUAGGACCUUCAUCCUAAAUAAAAAAAAGGUCUUUUUUUAAUCAUUGACAACUUUUUCUUCAAAAAGUACGCCAAUCUGAAAAAAAAGAAUUUUUUGAAAAUUGUGGGAAAUUCGGCUCAGUUAGCUUGUCCAGUUGGAAAUGACCGAACACUUUUUUUUCCAAAAAUUGCUACAUUUGUUCUAAAACCCCAUAUAUCAUUUACGCGGAGAAACACCCACGGAUGACUAUCAGAGUCUACAAGCGGUGGCAGAGGCGGCGAGGGCGAACUGGCCGGUCGUCGUCGAGCUGACGUCAUCUAACGAGCCGGAGUUGGCGCGUCUCGUGCUGAGGACGACGACGAGCUCGCCGCCGCUCUCCAAGUCGCCGUCGCCCCGCCUCCCGGUUUCCACACCUUGA